AAUAAAAGAGGACUGAAUCAAACGACGUAGCUAGAGCAAGCUAAAUACGAAGAGUAGAUAUAAUAUAUAUGCACAAAACUAAUACAUGAAGAAGCAAAAGAUCGCAACCUUCGUCAAAGAACUCAACUUACAGAUGAAAAAAGAAUCUACGAGUCUCCGAUACGUACACAUCCUCGGGACCGUGGUCUUCUUCUCCUCCGUCUCCUCUCUCGUCAUCCUCCUCGCUCUCUACCUUAACCAACGCCUCCAAACCUCACUCUUCCUAGUGGAAGAAUAUCACACACUCUCCUCAAAUCCACUAACUUCUCCUCUCUCCCAUCCUCCUUCUCCUUCUCCUCGCAGCCCCAUGAUGAAUGGAACGACUCAUCCAAAGGUUGCGUUCAUGUUUCUGACGAGGUGGAAUUUGCCGUUGUCCCCUCUUUGGGAAAUGUUCUUUAAAGGGCAUGAAGGGUUUUAUUCCAUUUACGUUCAUACCUCACCAGAGUUCACUGAGGAGCCGCAUGAAUCUUCAGUGUUUUACAAGAAACGCAUACCAAGCAAGGCAGUAGAAUGGGGGAAAUCGUCGAUGAUGGACGCAGAGAAGCGUCUUUUAUCUCACGCGUUACUAGAACCUUCGAACGCACGCUUCGUCCUCCUCUCGGAGACUUGCAUCCCUCUCUUCAACUUCACCACUGUCUACGAUUACCUAACGCGCUCCACACGCUCUUUCCUCGGCUCGUUCGACGACCCAAGGCCCAUGGGACGAGGCCGUUACACACCCAAGAUGCUCCCACACGUGUCGCUCUCCGACUGGCGGAAAGGAAACCAAUGGUUCGAGGUCUCGCGUAGAGUCGCCGCCGAGAUCGUCUCCGACCGCCUGUACUACGACGUGUUUAAGGAUCACUGCCGGCCGCCGUGUUACAUGGAUGAACAUUAUCUUCCGACGUUGGUUAACAAGAUCUGUCCGGAGAUGAACUCAAACCGGACCGUGACGUGGGUGGAUUGGUCGAGAGGUGGAUCACAUCCAGCGAGGUUCGUGGGGAAGGAUAUUCGGGUCGUGUUUAUGGAUAGGAUCCGGUUCGGGUCGAAUUGUAGCUACGAGGGUGAGGUGACGAAUGUGUGUUUUCUUUUCGGAAGGAAGUUUCAUGUGAGCACCCUCGAGCCUCUCAUGAAGAUUGCUCCAUAUUUGUAUGGGAUUUAGAAUUUAUUCAAUAUUUAUUUCUAAAAUAUAAAAACAUUAUUUGCUCGAGUGACCAAAAAAUACUUUCAAUUAGUGUAAGUUGAAUUAAGAAAAUAAAAUAAAAGAUGGCAACAAGGUCAACUUUCUUGGAGUGCAAA